UACUGACAAGAUCUUUACAUUUACCAAUUUUGUGAUUUACCAAUUAUAAUUUAUUUCUACAAAGCAUCUCUGUUAUAAAAAAGGAAACAAAUGAAAUAAACAUUAAGCGACUGAUCGUCUCAAUCUGAAAAAAAAUCUUAAUUGUAUCAAGCUCUACUAAACUACUCAUGAGCAAUGUAAAUAAUAUUUCCAAGAUGGGAGUAAAAGAUAAAAACCUAAGAUUGAUAUGUUCAACUCCAGAACAAAAUAACAAUUCUCCUUCAAGAGACAGUGAUUCACUGUAUGAUUCAGAUGCUACUAGUCCUGUUCCCUUUUUAUGCACACAAGAUGGAGCUGACGGAGAAACUGAUGUUGUGUGGAAUUUUUACACUCCGAAAGCUGAUCGCAACAAAAUUCAUGAUAAAAAUGCAACACCCAUUGGUAGGAAACCUAAAAGAAUUCAACGUCCAAAACUUAUUGAUAAACAUAUUUCAAAACGCAGAGCACUCCGUUCAACGCAGAAAAGAACAGAAUUAUUUAAUGAUCUUAUUGAAUUAAAUGAAAACUUGUCUGAAUUAAUUAAAAAAAACCCUAAAGAGUCUGGUGUCAAAACCCAUUCAGGUAGUGAAGAGGAUUUAUUUAGUGAUUCAUCUGAUUAUUCACCAAAAAGUGGACGAAAAACAAAACACAACUGUUUACGGAAAAAUGUGUUAAGUUCAAAGUUUACUAAACCAGAGAAUGAAAAUGUGAUAGAAUCUGACGAUUCAAUGAAUGAAUGUUUGAUCAAAGCCAGUCAAAUUGUUGAAGACAUUGCGUUUGAUGAUGAAGUAACCCCGCCAAAAGUAAAUCCAGCAAAAAGGAAGUAUGUUGAUGUGAAAACUAAUUAUAAUUCAAUGGAUACACUUUUAGGUAAUGUAAAGCUAGGUUCACCAAUAGUUAACAAAGUAAAGAAAAGUGAAAUGCCAUGCAUUAACAAUGACUCUUUUGAUAAUCUUGUUGAGAAUUUGAAUGACAGCGUAUUCGAACAAUUGACUCAAAUGCCAGUUAAAAUGGAUGAAACUAACAAGACUGGUAGUAGUUGGAAAGUGAAAGAAGUUAUAGUUCACAAUGCAAGCCCCAAGUCAUUGUCAUUCAUUCGACACAGCACUAUGCCGGAAUCACCAUCACUGAAUGUAAAUAAACCUUCUACAAGUGGCAUGGUCUUUGGCAGGUAUAAUACUAUGCCAACUGAGAAGAAUAUCAGCAGUGGUGAAUCUGAUUGUUCACCAAUAAAAUGUACCCAAGAAGAAAUAGAACGGAAACAUCGGUUAGCCAGAGAAAAAUUACUUGCCAAAAGGUUACUGCCCUUCACGUCUAUGCAGACAAAACAGCAAAGUCAAUCACAGAAGAAUCUAAAAAUAAAUUCAAACAGUGAACCAAAUUUCAUUUAUCAAUCUGCCAAACUGUUGCCUAAUACUAAGAAUAAUGUAUGCCGAAGUCUGGAAACAAAACCAAUAAAAUCACAAGAUGUAAAUAACUUACCCACAGAAAAACUUAAUGAAAAUGUUUUAUUAAAACAAAAUAUUACAAAGUUUCAACCAAAGUUUCCUAGUAAUAAUGCAAAUAAAGUUGAUACUGUAACAAACAAAUCCAAUGAUUUGAAAGAAUUAUUGGAAAGAAAAAGGCUGGAGGCAUUAAUGAAAUUAAGAAAACGACAACAGCAAAAUAAGUAGAUAAUUGUAGAGAAAAUCUUUAUUCUAAAUUAUCAAUGACAUUUAACACAAGGAUAUAACUCAAAUACUUUACAUUUACUUACUACUCAGGUAUAACUACUACUUAUGUACUGUUUAUUAAGUUUAUAAAAUUGUAGUGUGGUGUAUGUGAAUGAUGUUAUAUGAUUUUGUUUCUACACAGGCGAGACUACUAUUUUGAAAUAUGCAAUUUAUUUAUGAUCAUCUUUCGAUGGAUUGUACCUUUAAUGUGACUAUAAAUAAGAAUGUCAAUUUAAGAAAUAACUGAAAUAUUUAAGUAUGCAAGUAUCCGGCAAAUUGUUUUAUACUUUCGUAAAAAAAUGUGAUAACUUUAUCGAUAUAAGUACCUAUGUAAUUGUUUUUUAAAUAAUGGAUAUGAUUAUUUAUA